AUGACCUCAAGUCUGCACAUGGCAAGCCCACUGGUGUGUCAGGUGCAAAAGAAUGUCCUCUACGAAGUGCAGGUUCGGUACCGGGUCUCCCACUGGAGCAGUUAUUGGAGCGACUGGAGCCCAUCCAUGGUUGUGCCAGCAGAAAUCUUCAGGAGUCCAGAGAUUAAUUUCACCGUUGGGAGGCUUGGAGGAGACGGAUUGAGAAAUGUCACCGUGGAAUGGGAGAGACCCAGCCCAGACCAAGGGAUGGUGAAGUACAUCCUGGAGUUUGAUCUGCCCUGCCGGAAUUGCUUGUCUGAAAUGGAGGCCUUGUCGAAAACCGUGUACAACCAGACUUCGUACCAGGUUGCCCUUUCCGGGGCGGCCUACAACGUCUCUCUGCAAGCCGCAAACAAGGCAGGAGAAGCACCGGUGAGCUUUGUUUGGCUUCCACCGGAGCAAGAGUCAGGUCCCAGCAUUCUGAAUGUCAGCCUCUCUGGCCAGAACUUCAAAGCCUGGUGGAAAGCGCCGGUGGAUGCAGGCAUGUUCUGCUUCGAGAGCCAGGUGCUUGGAGACUUUCCCUUGGAGACACCGUGUAAUAAUACUGGAUUGAAAACUGGCAAAAUUUAUGAGAGCUCAGGGGUGGUGAAGCCCAACCAUUGCUACCGCCUGGCCAUCCACGGACUGAGCCAGGCCACCAGCGUCUGGUCCACUUUGGGAUUCACCCACCUUUUCCAGCGAAACAGCUCUUUCUUUCCCCCCAGCUUCUCUGGAAGACCCCAUCAAUGUCAGCAUGACCAAGCAAACCCCCAAUUCGGCCACGGUUCAGUGGGAGCCCCCGGUGCUCUCUCAUCUUGCCCGGGGGUGUUGAAGAAGUUUGUCAUCUGCUGCCGGAAGGACGAGGAGAGUGCCCAGACCACAUAUUACGAUGCCAGUGCUUCCGAGAGGGAGUUCACAAUCCCAGAGCUGCAGCCCCAGACGGCCUACCUGGUAGGGGUGUGGGCCUCCACUGACAAGAGUGGAAAAGACUGUGAAGCCCAUCUCCUCUUUCUGACCAGCCCUGCAGAUGCCAAAAUGACAGCCCUGACACUGAGCUUCCUCACUCUGGGGAUUUUUGUCACCUUCCUGACUGCAGCCGGGAGCUUCAACUUCUGCCGAAAGAGGAUCCAGAAAGCCCUGUGGCCCCCAUUGCCGGGCCCCGAUGGCACCGAAGCCGUGAAGAUCCUCUCAGCGGUGACCCCAGGCCAG